UGUCGGAAGAAGAAAGAAACAUCUUCGAACAUCUCCCUGAGCAGCAGGAGUGGACCUCAACGAUGGAGCAGGAUGAGCCCCAACUUUUCUAUAUUAAAGAGGAAGAGGAGAUGCCCCCACAAAUAAAACAGGAAGCGCAGGAGCCAAAGCAACCCCACAUUAAAGAGGAGGAGGAGCCCCAUACUUGUUGCAUUAAGGAGGAAAAUGAGUCACAGCCCACUCCCACAUUACAGAGAAAGAUAAGUCAUAACUCCCCCCACAUUAAAGAGGAGUCUCAGCCACCCCACUUUAAAGAAGAGGAGGAGGAACACAGCAUCAGUCAGGAGGGAGAGCAUCUUGAAGGACUGGAGGAGGUUGAUGUCACCAAGAUGCCAGUGACUGGUGUGAUUGUGAAGAGUGAAGAUGAUGAGGUCAAAGGUGAAAGUGAGGAGAAGAGAGAGGUGGAGCUUCCAAGCAGCAGCUCAACUGAUGGAGACCACUGUGGAGGAUCACAAGCAGACAAGAUCUUAGCUCCACUAUCAGAUAGUGACGACACAACUUCACACUCUCCUGACACUGAUGAUGAAGACUCUAAAGCUGAUAAGACAUGUCACACUGACAACACGCGCUUUACAUGUUCUCACUGUGACAAAACGUUUAAUCAUCAAAGUUAUCUGAAAGUACACAUGAGAAGACACACUGGAGAAAUACCCUUUUCUUGUUCAAUCUGUGGGAAAGGUUUUACACAAAGACAGUGUUUGAAAAAACACACAAGAAUACACACUGGAGAAAAACCUUUUUUCUGUUCAAUCUGCGGUAAAGGUUUUGUACAAAGUCACGAUUUGAAGAGACACACGAGAACACACACUGGAGAAAAACCAUAUCCCUGUGCAAGCUGCAAAAAAAUAUUUUCUGACCGAUCAGCACUAGUUAAACACACAAGAACACACACUGGCGAAAAAACUGUUGCAUGCUCAGACUGCAACAAAAGCUUUUGUGGCCGAUCAAAUCUUGCAGCUCACAUGAGAAUACACACUGGAGAGAAACCUUUUUCCUGUUCAGUCUGUGGUAAAGAUUUUACUCAGAGGCAGCAUUUGAUAACACACACGAGAACACACACUGGAGAAAAACCUUUUUUCUGCUCAGAAUGUGGUAGAGAAUUUGGACAAAACAAAGUGCUGAAAGAACACAUGAAAAUACAUACCGGAGAAAAACCUUUUCCUUGUUCAGUCUGCGAUAAAGUUUUUGUACGGAGACAAUAUUUAAAAGUACACAUGAAAAUGCACACUGGAGAAAAAACGUUGUCUUGUUCAAUAUGCGGUAAAAGUUUUAAAGAUGCCAACUGUUUGAAAAUUCACAUGGAAAUGCACACUGGACAAAAACCUUUUACCUGUUCAAUCUGCUGUAAGCAUUUUAUGCGAAGACGUUAUGUAAAAAUUCACAUGAGAACUCACACAGGAGAGAAAGUGUUGAGUUGCAGUGUGUGUGAUGAAAGAUUCUCUUAUAAAUACCAGUGUAAGAAACACAAAUGUGCUGGUGAGAACAGCAGCAAAUGAAGCUUCAGGAUUUUAAAAACUGUUAAGACUUUGAUAACUUUGAGUCUGUAACAACAUCAGCACAUAUAAGGUGUGACAUCAUUGUCGUGUGGUAACACCAUCCAUGCAUCCAUUUUCUACAGCUUGUCCCUUUCAAACUUGUUAAUAUGCUUUUACCAUUUAUGGGUUAGAUAUUUUAAAUAGAUGCUUUUUAAGUCGAGUACAUGCAUUAAUAUACAACAUUGUGUACUUUGUUUUAAUUGAACAGCAUUUUGACCUAAAAGGUCUGAGUAAACAGUACAAAACCUAUGUGACAUACAAUAAUCAUGUUUUGUGUGUAUAGAUAUUCAUAAUUCACUUUUAUACUUAUGUACAGUGAUGAUUUACUGUAUAUAGAGUUUUGAAAUAAUAAAGUAUUAUAUAUUACAGCCCUUUGAGACACUUGUGACCCUUUGAGACACUUGUGAUUUAGGGCUAUAUAAAAAAACAUUGAUUGAUUGAUUGAUUUUCAUUUAUUUAUAUGAAUUACAUAUUUGUUUUACAUUUGUUCAUACCUUUGCCUUUGAGUACACAUAAAUCCCUUUUAGUUCAUAUUUAUUGGUUC